AUGGUGCGGGCGGUGCUGUGGGCGCUGCUGGGCGCCGUUUGGGUCUGGGGGCUGCCGGGGGGCGCGGGGGGCUGCGUGCUGUGCGACCCCGCGGCGGGGGCGGUGCUCGGGGAGCUGCUGGGGCCGUUCCUGGAGCGGGCGCUGCCGGCCGAGCCCGCCGCCAGGGGGCGCCUGGGGACCCUCGUGCUGCGCGGCGUGCUGGGGCUGGCGCGGCUGCCGCGGGACCCGCGCAGCUUCAUGGGGGUCAUCGACCAGGCCACCCUGGAGGAAGCUUCCAGCAAUUUCCGCCGGACGCUGAACAGGGUCAUGACCCAGGACCUGCAAGACGGGCAGAUUCACCAGGAGCUGCUCUGGGCCAUGAGAGAGAUCAAGGAGGACUUCGAGCGGCUCAUGAAGCGUUUCCAGAGCCAGGUUUAUUGCCCCAAUAAAUGCGGGCGGAUGGAGGUGCUGUGGAUCGAGUGCAUCUUCUGCAACCUGACCCGCUUCGCCUGCAACCGCGGGCUGGACUGCGGCGAGCGGCAGCUGUGGGUGGAGGAGGGGCAGGACCUGGUGCUGGAUUGUGCCCUGCCCUGGCACGGGGCGUCCCAUGGGGCCAAAACCUACAGCUUCUACCAGCGCCUGAAAUCCCCCGGGGAGGCCCCCGAGCCCUCGGCGCCCCCUCCCCAGGCGCAGGGCGGGCCCGGGACCCCCGCCCCGCCCAGGGCGCGCCCCCCGCCCGCGGAGCGGCUGCUGCGGAGCGGCCCCGAGCCGGUGCUGCAGCUCCAGGCGGCGGCGGCGGCGGCCGCGGGCCGGUACCGGUGCCUCAUGCGCGGCCCCACCGGCAAGGCGGGAUCGCAGCUGCACUUCAACGUCACCGUGGUGCCCCGCCCCCGGAUUCAGGGCCAGGCCCCGCCCCCGCCGCGCGCCCUCCCCCGCGGGCUCCCCCCGGCCGCGCUCGCCGCCAUCGCCGUCACGACUAUCGCGACAGUCCUGGUGGCCGCGGGCAUCGCAUGGUUCUGCUUUCGCCGCGGGGACCCCCGGGAGCAGCAGGACUCCCCCCAAAUAAAGGAUCAGUGACCCCGCC